CAUCGAUCGGGUCCGGCUCCGAGGAAAUCCAGGAAGAGGAGCAGAAUAUUGAUUCAAGAUCUGAAAAAUGGAGGAAACUACUCUUUCAGAAAAAUUGUCCUGUCCAGUUUGAAAAUGAGCCCCAUUGGUACAAAGUGUUACAGCGUUAUAGACCAAGCCGUUCCCUGUAUGAUGGACUGGGGGCGAACACACCUGGACGUGUCGUAAAGUUGAUGAAUCCGUCCAAACAAACUUCACUUUCGUCAGAAAAUGCUACGUACUGGGCAUGGAGUCGUUCGAAAAGGAAGAAAAGAGGAGCGGAAUAUGGAAAAUGUGCUGCUGUAGUCGACAGUAGGAAGUGACAUAUGGACAUCACGUGACAACAGUGUAGACAUGAAAACUAUUUGAUAUAUGUUUGAGAAAUAAUCUUUUGAAUCAAAAGUUUUACUUUAAGGAUUAUAGAGGGUAUUGAAAACAUUAUAUAAACGAUGCCGAAAAAAAUCGCAGUUAUUGAAAAAGUGAUAAACACAAAUAUAGAAAGCAUUGCUCUAUAUAAAAAAAGUAUUGAAAAUAAGGUUUUAUUUUUAACAUAAACAUAAGAAAUUAGCUUAAUAGAUUCACAAAGAAUAGUAAUAAAAACAUAAACAUGGAUAAAUAAAUAAUCAUAGGACAAGUCCGACAGCUAAAUAGAUAACAUAGAAUAGAAAUGGAUAAAAAUAUGCCUUUUUUACCUGAUGAAACUUGUUGACGACUGGAUUCACAAUUAUGAAGAUAAAAUAUUCGUAAUUACAGAUGCUAAGGACAAAUUAGAUAUGCUUUUAGUGUGGUGAAGAUAUGUAACAAACAUAUUUACAGGUUUAGUAAAAAUAAAAUUGUUUUACCGAGUGGUGAAGAUUGUUCGGAUAAUGUCACAGUGUGGAAAGGAUGGUUGUAAGAUCUUAGACAGGAAUCGAGAUGAUAGCAAUAUUUUUUUAAUGAAAUCAUUUUCGGAUACCAAACAAAUCCAUAGCACAUAUACCAUCUGAUGAUCAUGGUUUUCGGUAUUUUGGUGAAUAUUAUCUAGUUGAAAUGUCGAUACUUGGGGCUACUGAGGCGGUAAUUUGGUGGAAUUGUAUCUUACUGCGAUGGGUUGGGACCACAGGGACCUGAUAAUUUGUUACAGCUAUAU